CUGCGGCUGCUCACUACUGCCGAGAGUCCCGCGCAGUACUGAUGGAGGGAGGGAAGUUGUGAGGCGGCGAGAUAUCCCCUUAAAAUAGGGUGAUAUCCCCUAGAAAGGCCAACCCAAAACCAUGGCGGAGGCCAAUCCUUUUAGGGGACUGCCCCGUUUGCGGAGGGCCGCGAUGUCCUUCCCGGGGAAUCUCCACCUGGUGUUGGUUCUGCGGCCCACCAGCCUCCUGCAGAGUCCCUCAGGCACCGGCACUGACUUGGGCUUCCGCUUCAGCCAGGAUGACUUCAUGCUCAAGAUGCCGGUGGUUAUGCUCAGUUCGGUUACGGACCUGCUUCGCUACAUCGAUGAGAACCAGCUGACCUCAGAGUUUGGUGGAACUCUGGACUACUGCCAUAGUGACUGGGUUGUCCUUCGUACGGCUAUUGAGAGCUUUGCCGUGACUGUCAAGGAGAUAGCCCAGUUGCUGCAGUCGUUCGGCACCGAGCUCGCCGAGACCGAGCUUCCAGAUGAGGCCGACGCCAUCGAGUUCCUCCUCAGAUCCCACACUGACAAAUACAGGCAGCUGAAAGAUGACAUCAGGUCAGUGAUGCGGGAGGGCCGUCACUUGCUCUCCAACCUAGAAGCCGCCAAGGCAGCUAAAACUGAUGGCCAGGAGGACAAAGAUAUCAAACAGGACUGGGACACGGUGCAGAGGCUUCUGGCCCAACUACGGGACAUGGAGAUGGCUUUUGAUGGCUUUUUUGAGAAGCAUCACCUGAAACUGCAGCAGUACCUUCAGCUGAUGAGAUAUGAGAUGAGCUUUCAUGAGAUGGAGGAGAUCCUGGACCAGCUGUCUGGUCAGGAGAAGGAGGUCGCUGCCGUGGGCGGGACUGUGGUCCAGACAGAACAGCUAUUAAAAGAUCUGGAGUCACUGGACACCCGCGCACAGGAAGAAAUGGGCCGCGCCCAGAUCAUCAUCCUGCGCGGCCACCAGCUGGCCACCGGUCACCACUACGCUCUGGCCCUGAUCGUCCAGCGGUGCAACGAGCUGCGGCACCACUGUGACGUGCUGACCACCGCUAUCCGAGCCAAACGGGCUACCCUCACCCGCAUACGCCACCUGCUGCUGCGUCUGGAAGAGGCCCGGCGCUGGUGUGACGAGGGGGCUUACCUCUUAGCCAAUCAGCUGGUGGAUAAGUUCCAGUCCAAGGAGGGAGCUCAGGGAGCGCUGCAGGAUAUAGAGAGACUCCAGGAGGAGACACCGUUGUGUCUGAGCCAAAGCCCUGAUGUCCUCAGUCUGGAGUUUGAGGCCAUCCUGACCCCUCAGCUAGAGUCUCAGAUUGGGGUGGCCACUGAGAAGCUGUCUGCCAUGCAGAGAAUGAUCCACAACAGACAGGCAUGUCUGAGGAAGCUGGCUGACAUUCAGGUGCGGCCCAUCCAGCUGGUGGCCCCUCGGCCUGAGCACUCUCGGUGUAAAUCCCCUCUCUUCUCCCCCAAACACAGUGUAGAUUUCAACUCGGUUCUCAACUCAAGGUUCUCUUUUGACCUCUUACCUGGCAAGAGGGCAGCUCGGAAAAGCCCUCGAAAGAUUGAGGUGAUGCAUGACUAUGAGGAGAACCGCAACUCUCUCUCCUACGGCCAGGAGGGAGAGGAGAACCCAGACCAGCUGAAACGACACAUAAUCAAAGAGCUUAUUGAGACAGAGAGGAUCUAUGUAGAGGAGCUGCUCUCUGUCUUGCUGGGUUACAGGGCAGAGAUGGAUAACCCCGCCCUCUCCAACCUACUGCCCUCUGCCCUGCGCAGCAAAAAGGAGGUCCUCUUCGGGAAUAUGCCAGAGAUCUACAAAUUCCAUAGCAGGACCUUCCUCCAGGACUUGGAGGGGUGCCUGGAGACUCCCGAGAGGGUUGGAGCAUGCUUUCUACGACGGAAAGAAAAGUUCCAGGUGUACGAGCGUUACUGUCAGAACAAGCCGCACUCCGAGUUGCUAUGGAGACAGUGCUCUGCUUCCCUCUUCUUCCAGGAGUGUCAGAAGAAGCUGGAGCACAAACUGGGGUUGGACUCGUACCUCCUAAAGCCUGUCCAGAGACUGACUAAGUACCAGCUGCUGCUGAAGGAGCUGUUGAAGCACAGCGCAGACAGUGAUUAUAUCUCUGAGCUGCAGGGGGCACUAGAGUCCAUGCUGGAUCUCCUCAAGUCUGUCAACGACUCCAUGCACCAGAUUGCCAUCACAGGUUAUGAGGGGGAGCUGAGUGACCUGGGCCGGGUGCUGAUGCAGGGCUCCUUCAGUGUGUGGAUCAGCCAUAAGAGGGGCCCGACGAGGAUGAAGGCCCGUUUCAAACCCAUGCAGAGGCACCUCUUCCUGCAUGAGCACGCUCUGCUCUUCUGCAAGCGCCGUGAGGAGCAUGGGGAGGGCCACGACCGCACCCCCUUCUACAGCUUCAAGCACUGCCUGAGGAUGAGUGCUGUUGGCAUCACUGAGAAUGUCAAAGGAGACGUGAAGAAGUUUGAGCUCUGGUACAGUGGCAGAGAGGAGGUGUACGUUGUUCAGGCCCCGACGUUCCAGAUCAAGAUCACCUGGCUCACCGAGAUCAGGAAAAUUCUCACCAACCAGCAGAGGCUCCUCCAAGGUUUCUACUUUGCGUCUACUUGUCUGUCAGCUUCCAUGUUGGAAGACAUUCCCCCUAGUCAACUCUCAGAGCAGACUCCUCUGUCUCCUCCCUCUACUGACAGUAAGCCUCCAGACCAGUCCCUCAGCACGGAGGAGGCCGAGUCGUCCGGCCGCACCAGCCCCGUCCUCACAGACCCCGUGGUCUUCUCCCCUCAGCCCCAGCACAACAAUCGACGCAGUUGGCCUGGCACCUCCCACUCAGUGGACAUCUGUGAGGGUCCGGAGGACUGGAGCACCACUGACUUGUCCAACCUGUCAGACUCUGACGAGGAGGACGACCCUACUCCACUGGUUCCUGGGAGGUACAGGGCCCUGGUGGAAAGUAGUGUGUGCAGUACAGAUGACCUCAUCAUUAAGUGCGGCGAUGUCAUCCAGCUGCUGGAUCAGGACACUGUAGGGAAGUGGCUCGUGAGGAAUGUCAGUCGUUGUGAUGAGGGUCGGGUCUCAGCUGAUAACCUGCACAGGAUUCUGGGAGAGAGUGGCCGUGCCCACUCAGGCAGGAUGGAAGGGAAUCAGAAAACCCGGAAGCUCAGCUCUCUCUGAAUGAAGCACGUGCCAUCCACCCUCCGUCCGGACACAACCUCUGACCCCACAACUGUCGUCCUGACAUCCUUCCCAUCCAAGGUCGUCUUUCCUGGAGUCUCCAGGGGCCUUGAACAUGCUGCCAGAGACCGACCAGUCAUCAAUCAAACCAGAGGAUCUGAAGGGUCGGCUUCUUUUAACCGUCCAUCUCCGGAAAUGUAUAAUAAUCACCACCAUAUUAAUACCAUGACGAUAAAACCACAAGGACGUCUUUUUACAUUUCCUCCAGAGGGUGCAUGUGUUGCCGUGGGUAACGUCCCUACCCACGUCAAGCAAACAACCUCGAGCACAAGGCAGCGGACUGAGUCUACUUUCCGACCCCCGGGCAGCAUCACAACAUCAACCUUAAAGAACUGUCACCCCGGGAGAUAGGAUCUCCAUGUCUUCAUUUUCCUGGAUGAGAUGCAUGAACUGUUUCUAGUCCACUUUAUAAAUACAUUUACUUAGUAAAUGACUGUUUUACUUCUGUUACAGUGAAUGUGAAUCCAAUCUCUCUCUCUCUC